AUGUCAUGCAUUCGCCACCAUCGGCCUCGGUCUUACAUCAUCCCGGCCGACCGCUGUCUACCGACCACCCGGCCAACAAAAACCUCAACGCAUCACGGGCCAACUUCCACCGUCCACUGCCCAUCGGAGCUCCGGCCACCCCGGGCCAAGGGCAUGAUGACGACGAAGCCGGUCGACACCGACGCCCUGCCGACCAACGCCCUGCCGACCGACGCCCUGCCGACCGACGCCCUGCCGACCGACGCCUCCGCCGGCCAAGGCCAACCGCCGCUCAAGGCCCUGCACGAGCCGACGGAGCACGGCUGGGAGGUGCUCGCCCCUGCUGCUCCCGCGGGUCGAGGUGACGGCGUGCCGGGAAGAGGUGCGUCCGUCCCGGCCGUCCUGCGACCGGGCCAAGGUCGCCUGCCGGCCGAGUCCGUCGACGAGGCGUGCCAUGAGGAUGGCGGGCGAGAAGCCGCACCGAGCCACGAGCGAGCACCCGAUUCCUCGAGGCCCGGGACGAACCCGUUUCUCAAGAGGAAGCCGGUGCCGCGUAGCGCCCCUCCGGUCGACUCGUUGGCCAAUCUCGGCCUCGACGCCGUGCACGAGACCGCAGGCGGCGCGCCGUGGCCGAGCGAGCCUCAGCCGGCCGCCGUCGAGAGCCACGCGUGGGCGGGCGACGGUCCCGAGAUCCUGUGUCCGCAGCCGGUCAAGGGCGUGCCCGUCCUCCUGUCGCUCCCCCACGAUGACGACGCGAGCGGCUCGCUCGACGAGGCAACCGAGGGACCGGACCCGUCCGGCCGGCAUUCGAGACCGCUUGACGACUGGAGUCUGAUAGACGUCGAUCCGCCGAACCCCCCCGUCCCGCCGGCCAAGCGGACGCCCGACGCCGCCGCCGACAAGCCGCCUCUGCCUCGACGGACAAACGGGCAGGCGAGCUGGAACCCGUCGAGGCAGGCGGUCGACGGCGAUGCCGAGACGUAUCAGGUCAAGCAGAUUCGAUGGCGCGACGACCGUUCGGCCCGCCCUCUCCGCACGUCGCCCAUACUGGUCCAGAACCGGAACGGACCGUGUCCGCUGCUCGCGCUCGUCAACGCCCUGACGCUCACCACGCCGGCCGACGGUCCCGACGCGGGGCUCGUCCGCGUGCUGCGGUCGCGCGAGCGCAUCAGCCUCAACCUCCUGCUCGACGCCGUCCUCGACGAGCUCAUGUCGCCGCGCCGGACGACGUCGGAGGAUGCGCUGCCCGACGUCGGGGCCCUCUACGCCUUCCUGCGGAGCCUGCACACGGGCAUGAACGUCAACCCCCGCUUCGUCCCGACGGCCGGCGGCGGCGGCGGCGGCGGCGUCGUGCCCGGCACGUUUGAGGAGACGGCCGAGAUGAAGCUCUACGCCGCGUUUUCCAUUCCCCUCCUCCACGGCUGGCUCCCGGCCGAGGACGAGUCGGCGCACGAGUCGCUCCGCCGGCGCGCGACGUCGUACGAGGAGGUCCAGAAUCUGCUGUUUCGCGAGGAGGAGCUUCAGGAGAAGCUCGUCAACUCCGACGCCGGUCUGACCGACGCCGAGCAGGCGCUCUACCGCGACAUUGCGACCAUCAAAAUCUUCCUCGCCGAGUCGGCCACGCAGCUGACGCGCCGGGGCAUCGACGUCAUCGGCGCGGCCAUGCGGCCCGGCACCUUUGCCAUCCUCUUCCGCAACGAUCACUUCAGCACCCUGUACUGCCAUCCGCGGUCGAGGCGGCUGCUGACCUUGGUCACCGACGCCGGCUACGGCGGCCACGAGGAGGUCGUCUGGGAGAGCCUCGUCGACGUCAAGGGCGAGCGGACCGAGUUCCUGUCGGGUGACUUUAGGGUCGUCGGCGGCACCGGCGUAGGCUCCGAGGGCGAGGGCGCGACCGGCGAGCCGACGUCGGCCCGGAGCAGCAGCGGCGAGGGGCGAGGGCAGGACGACGAGCCGGCGCUCACCCCGCUCGAGCAGGAGGACCGAGAUCUCGCGCUCGCGCUGCAGCUGCAGGAGGAGGAGGACCAGCGACACCACGAGCAGCAGGCACGUCGACGACGCGAGAGCAUCCUCUCGGAGCAGUACAUUGAACGCCAGGCGCACCGACCGGAGACGGUCGUCCGCAGCCAAUGGAACGUCUCCUCGGGAACGACCGUCGGCAUCGCCCCCGCGAGACGCAGCUCCCACACGGCUGCGACGACGGCGACGGCCACGACGGCAACGACGGCGGCCACGACGGCAACGACGACGGCCACGACGACGGCGAAUUCUACCGGCGCCUCGGGGGGAGGUGCCCGGCCGGCGCUGCAGCAGGUCCGAUCGCUCGUUCCCCCACGCAGGCCGGGCGCAGGCUGGCAGGCGGACGCCGAGGGGGACGACGCGCCCCCGACGUACGAGCAGGCGGCCAUGGAUAGGGCCUUUGUGCCGCCCGUGGGGCAUCCGAACCACGCGGGGAGCAGCGCCGAGGAGGUUCGGCCGACGACGCGCGUGAGCCCUCGUCCCGGACGACAGCCGGCAUCGAGGGUCGCCUCCGGAAGGAGACCACCCGUGAGCCCCGCGGCGGCGGGCGGCUCGCGCGAGAGAGACUGCGUCGUCAUGUGA